AUGUCCUCGAAGGAGAAUUUUCAGUAUCCAUCUGCCAAAGGAUCAAAAGGAGGCUACUCAAGCUUUCGGCGGCUCAAAACUUUUCGCAAGAACGAGUCACUCUUUGAUGCUUCGGGCACAAACUUCAUAAGAUACAGAGGCAAUAGUAAUCAUAUAACUUCACAGCAAUCAGAUAACUAUACUAAUACGUUUAGAGUAAAAGCAACCUUGGCUGAACAUGAUCUAGUUGAGUCGAGUGAUCAAAACGACAUUGUUCGGGCAGUGCUCAAAGAUGCCGCCCAUGGCAAGACAUCCCCAGACAUGGGAAGUGAUUCUGCCACAAUUGUUGCUGAAGAUCAGGUUACUUUUGGAAUUGCCAAUAAUCUCCUUGAUUCAACGAGUGAUCUUGGUACAUUGGAUUCCAACUAUCCUAGGGUUAAUGAAGCUUCAAGUAGCUAUGAUGUAGAGAAAACCAAUAGAGCUAUGGUGGGAUCUCCCAAAAUUUCUCAACAUGGUCCUGGUGCAGGCGUUUCUUACGUUCCGAAGAUAUAUAAAGGAGUGUCUAAUAAUGGACCCAUCGGCGGCAAGCGCCAUAAGGUCAGAUUUUGGCGCAACAACAGAAGGAGGAACAAGCAUAAAAAAUUUUGUGUCAAUGAAAACCAUUUUAGUGAAGAGUCUACUUCUAGAUCAAAUCAACUUCCGAUUAGAAAGCAUCAUUUUAGGAGAUGGCUAAACGAGAAAACUGAUGAAAGUGCAACUGUAAAUCAUAUUGAAGAGGCUCGCCAUAGAGCAAAAUAUGUGGCUUCAGAAGCAGCUUUAGCUGCUAUCAUUCGCUGCCAUGCAAGAGCCGCUAUAAGGGCGGGAGCUGCCGCUACUGCCGCCUAUGCUAAGGUCACUUUCGAAGAGCUAAACCCUGGGGUAAGUCAUGCGACUAUGAUUGCAACUAUCAAUAAAGCUUGUGAGGAUGUAGCUAAAACUUCUUUGAAAAGCAAGACUGAAAAUGCGGAUUAUUUGAAACUACUUCAUCUUUUAAAUCAGCAUCUCAAUUUCAAAGGGAAUGAAUUGCAGAUACCUUUAAAGAGCUGUGACGACAAAGGUGAGCUGGAAAAGAAGGAUGAAGCUUUUGAGACCUCAAUAAGACAGGCAGAUGAACAUCUUUACAAUUCUCAGACAGUUACUUCCUUGAAAAUACCACCAAAAAAUUCUUCAGAAAACAAGAAGCUCCUUCAAAAAUCUGAUGAUCAUACCAGACAAACUGCUUCGUCUUUAAUAUCUGAAAAUUCUAUCUCAGAAAAACUAAUAUUGCAAGUUGAUGCCGGAGCAGAAUUGCCCCUCACCCAGCUAGUGGUGCCCAACGAUAGUGCCAGAGACGAUAAUUAUUCAAAAGAGUAUUUAGAUGAGCUCAGUGAUCCUUUAAAAUCAAUGACGGUUGAAGAUGAAGAUGAAGAUUUUGAAGGCUCUAGGUUUGUUUUAUUUUCUAGCGCAGAGUCUGCUUUGGAUUUUGAUGAUGAUGAUAGCCGCCGGAAGGAUGAGACGGAGCUAUCGUUAAUUGAUAGUGCAUAUUCUUACGUUGAUUCUGAAGAAGGAAUUUGGCCUCAAGUAGCAAGCAUGAGACGGCAACGGUUACUUUUACAAAUGGAGUCAUUGGCACCAAGAUCUCUUUUGCUUGAAAGCCUAACCAAAGAUUGCUAA